AUGAGGCUAUUUUCCCAGCACUAUUGGAGUGGCCGCCUUUUCCCCGCCGUCGCUUCAGCUGGUACACCCGCGACUUGUUUUCAUGUCCGAACAGUCCAAGGUCACCUUACCCAGUGUGCUCUCUCGUCCACAAGAGACUGGACCUAUCCCUCGGUGCUUCCCUGUAAUACUCCGUCAACGCCGUUUGUACCUAAGGUAGUUCCAGAAACCUGCUUGGUGGGCAACGGCUCUAGCUCUUCACCAGCCUGGGGCACCAUCAUCACCGGUGGUGUUGUAAAUGACCCUGAACCAACUGUCUCCUGGCCUGAGAGGUCUUCAUGCGCUGGCAACUACUGGAAAGCAGAAAAGCCCUGCUUGAAGCCAGAUGCUCUCGUCAAGACUCACUGGGCACCUAGAGAGUUUUCACAAGCAAUGUGGCCUUGGCUAUUAAGAAGCAUCUCCCACAGAAGUCAUUCAAAGGCUCACCGUCAUCCAGCAAGCAUUUACAUUGACGCACUAGAAGCAAACACUUGUACGGACGCCUGGGACUUCGGGCAUGAUGCUGUUCUAUUCUUUGACAACUGCCCGUGUUCUACGGAGCUCAGGCGGCCACCAUUUCUCUGA